ACUCACCCGGGCGGCCCAAGGCUGCUCCUCUCUCCCGGCGGCCCUGAUCAGCUCCUUCCGGCUGCUGCCUCUCUGCAGACCUUUGAAACCACCGCUGGGGUCCUGGGCAAAAUGGUGUCCGGCCUCCACGCCUACCUGGUCUCAUGGCUGCCCACCUUUCCCAGCCUGGACUGGGGCUCCAGCCUCGUGGACUCCCUCUUGCAGGGGCUGGUGGGCGCCUGUGCCGUUGCCAUCCUGUGCAGCCUGAUGAAGAUCUACAUCUACAUCCAGUGCCUGAACGACCCAGAGCGGCAGAAGGAGAAGGAGAGAAUCCGGCACCAGUGGUCCCUGCUUGACCAGCUGCAUCUCCUCGUGCUGAGCGGCACCUUCAUGGUGGUGGGGCACCGCGUGGCUGCCCUGGUGGUACUGGAAUUCUCCCUCCGGGCCGUGUCCACCAUCCUCUCCCUCGACAAGGGGGUGCACAGCUGCCAGCUCUACCUGCUGUGCCAGUAUUCCCUGGGCUGCGGCGUCUCGUGCAGCCUCGGCUACCUCCAGGAAGGGGCGCCCCACCGCACGUGGAACCUGCUCCUCAGCGUGGGCCUGGCUGCCCUCCUGACCAGCUACGUGUGGCGCGUGGCCCGCCACGUCUUCACGAUGUACGAGCUGCACUGCAAGGAGCGCUACUGCGGCGCCUGCCUCUUCCUGCUCACCACCUGGCACGGCAUCCCCCGGCUGCUGGCCAACGCCCUCAAGGUCACUUUCAUGGUGGCAGACUUGGCCGCAGUGGCACUGAUCAACCGGGACUUCCUCACCACCUCCGAGGCCAUCCGGUUCUGGACCCCGCUCACCAUCUGCUACACGCUCCUGGUCAUCUACAUGCAGGUUGGCCAGCGCCAACAUUCUACAUUUCUUCUUAACCCUGACUUUUCUGUUCACUGGUUGAACGGCAGAAGAGCAGCGUCAGAACCCCACCGAUCAGAUGGCCUACCAGACGGUCUUUGUCAGGAUGGGCGGUCUGCUGAUCCUGCUGAUGACAGUGGGCCGGUGGAUGGACAUCGUGAACGUCCUCAUCUCGCUGGUGGGGGAGAUCUGGUGCCUGGCGCGGGCCGGAGUGCUGCUGGAUAUCUGCCGGAAGCAGGAUUAUUCCCAGAGAUUCUCCCGCUCAGCUUCUGCCUCCCGGCAGCCCCCACAUCAGCGCAAAGAACACCCUCCAAAAUCUCAGCCAGCAGCUACAGCAUCCUGAAGCAAGAGAGGCCCAGCGGAGGAAGCUGAUGGUGCGAUGUGGGUGGGGAAUGGACAGUCCACGGGCCAGAUUUGGCCUGCUGCUUGAUUUCUUCCGGCUCGCAGCGUUCGCCCACUCUGGGCUCUUCAAGCCCAAGUUUUUUACACUGGAAAUAUUUUUCGUGUUGGUCAGUUCACUAAACAGUCUUUUGUUUGCUA